UUUCCGACAUGCUACUUGUUAAACCUUACCGGAGAGCCCUCCAUAGCAAAACCCUAGACUCACCAUGUUCUUCCUCCGACACCCUUUUUGUCAACAGGGCAGUUUCCAUUCUCAAAGGCCACGACCCAAUUCCUUUAAACUCAUUAUCUUCCCAAUUUACCCCUCAAUAUGCUUCUUCCUUACUUUUCCAAUGCCAAUUUGAUAAACCCCUUGUUCUAAGAUUCAUCAACUGGGCACGCAACCGCCAUUUCUUCAACAACCUUCAAUGCAAAUGCAUUUCCAUUCAUAUCCUCACUCGUUUCAAGCUCUACAAAACUGCUCAGUCCCUUGCUGAAGACAUCGCUUUGAAAUUCGGCGACAACAAGGGUGAAACCGUCUUUUCCACUCUCAGGGAUACUUACCAUUCUUGCAAGUCAAGUUCUGCUGUGUUUGAUUUGAUGGUAAAAUCUUAUUCUCAUUUGAAAAUGAUUGAUAGAGCUAUGAAUGUGUUUGAAUUAGCUAAGUCUAAUGGGUUUAUGCUUACUGUUUUAUCGUAUAAUUCGAUUCUUGAUGCGUUGAUCAGGGUUUCGUGUAAUGGGGGUUCUUUUGAAUUAGCUCAAAAGUUUUAUGAUGACAUGGUUAAAUCGGGGGUUUCACCCAAUGUGUAUACUUAUAAUAUUAUGAUCCGAGGGCUAUGCGGAAAAGGGGAUUUGGAAAAGGGUUUGGUUGUUUUUGAUGAAAUGGAAAAAAGUGGCUGCUUGAGAAAUGUUGUAACUUAUAACACGAUAAUAGGCGGUUAUUGUAAGAUAGGUAAGGUUGAUGAGGCAGUCGAAUUGUUGAAACUGAUGCAAGUUAGGAACUUGGAACCGAGUGUGGUCACGUAUAAUGCUAUUAUUAAUGGGUUGUGUCGAGAAGGAAGGAUGAAAGAGACGAGUGAGAUUUUGGAAGAGAUGAGGGGAAAGGGAUUAAUGCCUGAUGAGGUGACAUAUAACACACUGGUAAAUGGCUAUUGUAGAGAGGGUAAUUUUCACCAAGCACUUGUUUUGCAUUCGGAAAUGUUAAGGAAUGGGUUGUCUCCAGAUGUUGUGACCUAUACUUCUUUGAUUAAUAGCAUGUGCAAGACCGGGAAUUUGCAGCGCGCAAUGGAAUUCUUCGAUCAAUUGCGUGCUCGAGGAUUAUAUCCCAACGAUAGAACUUACACAACUUUGAUUGUUGGCUUUUCUCAGCAGGGUUUUAUGAAUGAGGCUUAUAAAGUUUUGAAUGAAAUGAUUUCAAAUGGCUUUUCCCCUUCAAUUGUGACUUACAAUGCUUUAAUUAAUGGGCAUUGUGCAGCGGGCAGGAUGGAAGAUGCUCUAAGUGUGACUCAAGAGAUGGAACAUAGAAGGGUUGUCCCAGAUGUUGUAACUUAUAGUACAAUAAUAUCUGGAUUUUGUAGAAACGGUGAGUUGGAAAGAGCAUUCGGUGUUAAGAAGCAGAUGGUUGAAAAAGGAGUUUUACCUGAUGUUAUUACUUAUUCAUCGCUAAUUCAAGGUCUUUGUGAGCAGCAAAACCGGACUGAAGCUUGUGAACUUUUCCAAGAGAUGUUGACAGUAGGUCUGCAACCUGAUAAGUUUACAUAUACUGCACUUAUUGGUGCAUACUGUGCAAAUGGUGAUAUUAAAGGUGCACUUCACCUGCAUAACGAAAUGAUCCGUAAGGGUUUCUUUCCUGAUGUCGUCACUUACAGUGUCCUAAUCAAUGGGCUUAAUAAACAAUCUCGAACUAAGGAAGCAAAGCGGCUUCUGUUCAAGUUGUUGUAUGAGCAAUCAGUGCCGAAUAGUGUCACUUAUGACAUGCUGAUAGAAAGUUGCAGAGAUCUUGAAUUUAAGAGUGCGGUAGAUCUUAUUAAAGGAUUCUGCAUGAAAGGUUUGUUGAAUGAAGCUGACCGAGUUUUUGAGUUGAUGCUGCAAAAACACAAGAAGCCAAGUGAAGCAGCUUAUAACCUACUUAUACACGGUCAUUCCAGGGGUGGGAAUUUGCAUAGAGCCUUGAAUCUUUACAGAGAAAUGGUGAAUCUUGGCUUUGUUCCUCAUACAGUAAGCAUUAUUGGGCUGAUGAAAGAACUUUUCAAUGAAGGGAUGAGUGAAGAGUUAAAUCAAGUAAUUCAAAGCACGUUGGAAACCUGUAAACUUGCUGAUGGUGAGCUAGCUAAAGUUAUUGUUGAGGUGAACUACAAGGAAGGGAACAUGGAUGCAGUAUUCAGCGCACUUACUGAUAUGGCCAAGGAUGGCCUUCUUCCAAAUAGUGGGAAAACCGCUUUUUGUCGCAUGCCACAAUAAAGUAAUUAUCAUCUACAAAUAAUCACGCAACUUUUGCCAUGCAUGAGGUAGAGUGCAUCAAGCAGCAGGAAACGUGGUCGCAAGUUGCAACAAAUUGAUUCCCCCUCCUUUGGGUUUAUCAUGCCAUUGUGAACGUGGGACAAUGAGUUGCUGGAGAGCCGUUACUUUACUCAGAUAAACAACAUUCUUUCGAGACGGUUUAAUUCCCACUUUGCUUGUAAAUUGAAAACUUCUCACAUGCUAGAAGGUCAGUUCCAUAUUCCAGCAACGCAUUGACAAAAGGCUGAACUGACGUUUUGAAUUCCUCUCAGUUAUAAGUAGGGUGCUUAUUUGAACAGGUGAAACAAGACGCAGAGAAGGACGUGAGUUUCAUUUGAGGAAGUGUGCAAACUCCAGGGUCAUUGGUCGUGAAGUUUCUUAUAGAAGCUGGUGCAUGUUGCUUCUAGAGUGGGAUGUACCUAAUGUUGGUGCUCAGUGUCAAGCUUGUGAAGCUGAGCAU